CAAAGUUCAAAGGGGCCGAAUAAUUUCGCAAGGCACUGUAUUUCAUUAUAAUGUAUGGUAAAUAUAUACUUUCAUUUUAAUGUAUGAUAAAUUUAUUACGUUCAUUAUUACCAUGUAUGAUACAUAUUCUACGUUCAUUACCAUGUGUGAUAAAUAUACUACGUUCAUUACCAUGUGUGAUAAAUAUACUACGUUCAUUACCACGUGUGAUAAAUAUACUACGUUCAUUAUCAUGUGUAAUGUACUGUGCUAGAUAUUUUAGAUUCUGUAAGUUGGAUGAGAGAUUAAUUUUUAUUACGGAAGCUUUUGAAACAAAGCUAAUGAACUUGAAAAAAGUAUUUCUCUACUUGUCUUUCUUUCAAGUUCAGAAAAUACUCCCAAAAAUCACUGGACAUGCACACUACAUGAUACUCUAUAGCCUCUACUGUUUAGCCUCUACUGUAUAUCCUCUACUGUAUAGCCCCUACUGUAUAGCCUCUACUGUAUAUCCUCUACUGUAUAUCCUCUACUGUAUAUCCUCUACUGUAUAACCUCUACUGUAUAUCCUCUACUGUAUAUUCUAUAUUCUAUCCUCUACUGUAUAGCCUCUACUGUAUAUCCUUUACUGUAUAUCCUCUACUGUAUAGCCUCCACUGUAUAUCCUCUACUGAAUAGCCUCUACUGUAUAUCCUCUACUGUUUAGCCUCUACUGUUUAGCCUCUACUGUAUAUCCUCUACUGUAUAGCCUCCACUGUAUAUCCUUUACUGUAUAUCCUCUACUGUAAAUCCUCUACUGUAAAUCCUCUACUGUAUAUCCUCUACUGUUUAGCCUCUACUGUAUAUUCUACUGUAUAGCCUCUACUGUUUAGCCUCUACUGUAUAUCCUCUACUGUUUAGCCUCUACUGUUUAGCCUCUACUGUAUAUUCUACUGUAUAACCUCUACUGUAUAUCCUUUACUGUAUAGCCUCUACUGUAUAGCCUCUACUGUAUAGCCUCUACCCUAUAGUCUCUACUGUAUAUCCUCUACUGUAUAUCCUCUACUGAAUAGCCUCUACUGUAUAUCCUCUACUGUAUAGCCUCUACUGUAUAUCCUCUACUGUAUAGCGUCUGCUGUAUAUCCUCUACUGUAUAUCCUCUACUGUAUAGCCUCUACUGUUUAGCCUCUACUGUAUAUUCUACUGUAUAGCCUCUACUGUAUAUCCUUUACUGUAUAGCCUCUACUGUAUAGCCUCUACUGUAUAGCCUCUACCCUAUAGUCUCUACUGUAUAUCCUCUACUGUAUAUCCUCUACUGAAUAGCCUCUACUGUAUAUCCUCUACUGUAUAGCCUCUACUGUAUAUCCUCUACUGUAUAGCUUCUGCUGUAUAUCCUCUACUGUAUAUCCUCUACUGUAUAGUCUCUACUGUAUAUCCUCUACUGUAUAUCCUCUACUGUAUAUCCUCUACUGUAUAGUCUCUACUGUAUAUCCUCUACUGUAUAUCCUCUACUGUAUAGCCACCCCUAGAUGGCAGCAUUGUGAUCCACAAAAUAACUUAGACGUAAAUAAAUCCGCACAGCCAAAUAAUAUGUUGACUGAGAACUAGUAGUGAGUGACAUUCAGAAUUAUAUAAACUUUCUUAUGUACUUCAUUUAAUAAUAGUCAGCAGUGGCGACUCGAGCAAAUUAAAUCAUACGUCUGUGGAGCCCCCCCCCCCUAAGCAGUCAGAUUGCUCCUUAUUCAGAUGCAGCAGUGAAAAGGUGGACUACUUGAAGGGAGACAGAUUGACGGAGGGAGCUGUGCAGAAAUCCUUCUCACAAGAGUUGCUUUGUAGAAUCUCUCUUGGAUCUCUGUUGAAGUUGCUCAACUACAACAACAAAAAAGGGAUGGACAACAGGGAGUUUUCUCUGAACUGCUCUUGGGUAGAGAACACAUCUCUCCCUGCCUACUCCUCAUCGUCCUCCUCCUCCUUCACUGGGUUGGAUCUCCUAUUUGACCUGAAGCCCCUAUUCAUCCCUCUCUACUCCAUGGUGAUCCUGGUCGCCUGCUCUGGCAACCUCCUGCUGCUCUUCCUCAUCGGGUUUAACAAGAAGAGACACAACACCACCAACUUCCUGAUCGGCAACUUGGCGCUAGUCGAUUUGGUCAUGUGCAUCUUCUGCGUGCCCCUGACGGCCUCCUAUGCCUUCGACAAGCGAGGGUGGCUCUUCGGACGCUUCAUGUGCCACUUUGUCACCUUGAUGCAGUCGGCGACGGUUUUCGCAGCCGUCUUGUCACUCACAGCCAUUGCAGUGGACCGGUACGUCGUUGUGGCCUAUCCCAUUCGCAGGCGGUUGGGUUGCCAGUUUUGCUGGGGUUUGGUGGCUGCCAUCUGGUUGUGUAGCCUUGCGUUCUCCACUCCCACGGCUCUCCACAUUGGCUACCUGGACCUGAGCGCCACCGGUCUCCACAUGGUCGUAUGUGAGGAGUUCUGGCAUGGCCAGGAGCGGGGUCGCCUUGUCUACUCCUGCUUUGUCCUGCUCUUCUCUUAUUUUGUGCCACUCGCCGCUGUGUCUGCAUCCUACCUCGCUAUCUCCUACCACUUGAGACAAAGGAACAUUUCUGGUUUGAUGGCGGCGGGUCCUGUUUCCAAUCAAAUGAACUGGGGGCGAAAGAGAAGAAAGACUUUCUGCCUCCUCCUUGUGUCGGUGCUCUGCUUCGCCUUCUCCUGGCUCCCUCUUCAGGUGGUCAAUCUCAUCCGCGACCUGGAUACUGACUUCACCAUCCUGGGCAAGAGCCACGUCAACGUGAUCCAAGUGUCGUGCCACCUGUUAGCUAUGAGCUCGGCGUGCUACAACCCAUUUAUCUACGCGUCGCUGCACGACAAGUUCCUGUCCUGCCUGUGUCAUCGUGACCUCUUCCCCCGUCACAGAGGAGUGGGGGGUCGAGGGCCAAGGGGAAACAGCAGCAGCUUCAUGACAUCCCACCGACUGCACCGUGUGAACACCUUCUCCACCCUGGGCGACAUCCCGGUGGUUCUGGGGAACAAGAUGCCACAGGAGAGCUGGCCGUUGCGGCAGGCACAUAAGUCCUCAACCACUACAAUUGACCAUAAUUACAUGUAGUUGGAGUUUGAAUGAGGAAGCACCUUAUGGCACAUGGGCCAGAGCACUGAAAGCGAAGGAUGUAUCUGAAAGAUCAAUUUCCUCCCCUUUGACCUCAUCCUCUAAUUAAUUCCGAGAAGGACGUCAGGAGAGAGUAAUCAAGAAAAUACUAAUGAGAUAGAGUCCCUAUCGCUGAGAAGUCAACCAACAAAACAUUUGGAAAUCAGGUGGGAUGAGGUUGGCACCAAUGUAGCUGACAGCUGCACCUGAACGAGUACGGAUCCAUGACAAAACAAUAUAUUUCUGAGCUUACAGUCACUGGUAGUCAUUGGUAGAAGAUAACUGCCAAAAUAAAGGAAACACCAACAUAAAGCGUUGGGCAACCACCAGCCAGAACAGCUUCAAUGCACCUUGGCAUAGAUUCUACAAGUGUCUAGAGCUGUAUGGGAGGGUUGCGACACCAUUUUUCUAUAAGAAAUUCCAUAAUUUGGUGUUUU